AGAAUAGUCGUGGUGAAAUAUUUCUCCCUAGUUUCAGUUUACAGGCAGCAUUACCUAUGGGACUCGUACCGUUUUAAGUAAGUUCCGUAUAUAUAGAGUCUGCUGUUACAUAUUCAGGUUUGCAGUUGGAGCUUUGGCAUGAUUUAUCAGUUAUGGUGUGUGAAUAUGUGGCCAAAAAAAAACAAAUGCAUGUAUAGUUUAAAAGGAAGCGCCGCCUAAGACCAACUUGUGGGCGAAAUUGGCCCACAAGCGGACCAAACACACUGAUUGUAAUGCAUUAACACGAAGCUACAAGCGAGCUGGCUUACUUGAGGUGUGCUAACUGUAUAAAACUGAGUGAUAGCCGCACCUCAUCCUGCAGACAGAAAUGAGCCAUACUACUCCAGAGGCAUCGGGUCUUGACCCUGCCAUGCUGAGAGACCAACUCUUCGACCUGUGGAACCGGAAAGAUCUGCAGAUGCUACAUUUGGCAGCCCUCCAGGGAUUUUCAAAGCUGUCUGAGCCUCUGGAGGCCUUACUAACAAUCCUGGAGAGUUGUCCGGGCAAACAGAAAGGUCGGAGCCACACCCUUGGCCAUCACAUACUCAUGGAAUUCCAGACAUGGAUUAAGGAACAUCCUCAGGUCAAUCUGAGUUCAGUGUCGGAACAGCAAGCAGUGGCACUCCAACGGCGUGCUCUCAACUUGCUGACAGAUACCCAGCCAAACUUUGUAGACAGUCUCAUAAACAUCUACCAACUCAAUUCACUGGAUCCAGCCAUACUCCGAUUGCACAUUACUGGGUUGCAUGCUCUCAACUGCUACAAAGAGGCAGCAACGCUCAGUAUUAAGCUGAAUUUACAGGAAGAGUUAAAUAUGGAGGAGAUGUGUGUACCGCUAAUCGUGCAGGAUAAGAUGUCGGUGGCCGUGUCCUUUGUCUCAGGCUACAGUCAUCUAGAGGAACGAUUGGUUAAACUUCUAGACUCUUGGUGUCACCCCAGCUUCUGUGUGGCAGAGCUAAACAGUCAGUUCCCUCGCCUCAAUCUGACCAAACAACGGAUGGAACAGAUCCAACCAAAAAUGCUCACCAAACACGUCCUGCGACUCAUGGAGAAAUUCAAGAUCGAUAAAGGACUGUGUCCCAAUGCACUGCACAAGAGGAGACUAGACUCUCUGCGUUUCCUCAUGUACAAGAGGUUUGUGGAUAAAGGCAUGACUGAAGAGAACUGGAUUGAUCAUGUACAGUAUGUAGUGGCAGAUGACCUUGAGCUGCAGAUCCACUUGGUGGAGAUGUUGGUGAGGUACUCUUGUCUUCGGAAAGCCUCCCAGUGGUCACUGAGAUACAACAUCCCCAGAUAUCGACUUCCCUAUGGAGUAUGGGAAACCCAGCAGAGUCUACCACGUGCUCUACAACAGAUAUCUCUGAGUGAUACUGCAGAAACUGAGUGGGAGUCAGCUCAGUCUCACUGUGAGAAAUUCUACCAAGUGCCACUUACCAAAGACAAGGUGCACUUUGUGGACACACCAGAAGCUCUCGAGAGAUGUCAAAGCAUUGUGCUCAAGGAAGGCGUUGUAGUCGGAGUCGACAUGGAGUGGCAGCCAACAUUUGGCUGUAUCUCAACUCAGCAAGUGGCCCUGAUACAACUUGCAGUUUCUGAUCGGGUUUUCCUAGUAGACCUCUGUGCUAGGAGAUUCUGUGAGCACCCAGAAACAAUUCGUUUCAUCAGGAGCUUGUUCUCCCAACAAAGUGUCCUUAAACUAGGAUAUGGUAUGGCCGGUGAUCUUAAGUGUCUGUUGGCCACCUGGCCCCAGUUACAAGAAGACCCACUGAAAAUGGAGGGGAUGCUUGAUCUUCUAAGUAUACAUAAAAAAAUUCAACAUAGUGCACUCAGCCGGACUCAUAAUGGCCCUAAAGAGGUACUGGUGGGAGAGGACUGUGCAGAAAAGGGCCUCAGUCUGUUGGUACAACAGGUCCUGGGAAGGCCCCUGGACAAGACAGAGCAGAUGUCCAACUGGGAGAAGCGGCCUCUACGCAUCAGCCAAAUUAGAUAUGCAGUGGCAGAUGCCUACUGUUUGCUGGAAGUGUACUCUGUCGUCUCCCGCAACCCAGCAUCUUUUGGGCUGCCUGAUGACCUGCGCAGCAUAUCUUCAAGCCAAUCGGAGAUGAGCAGAGACAAGAAGCUGAAGGAGAAAAAGGGCAAGCAAACAAAACAGACCCUUGAGAAAGAGGAAUGUCAGGGGGCUCAAAGGGUCAGCCCCUCUCGUUCAGAUCCAGAGAAAGGCGUCUUGUAUGGUGAGAAGCCUUCAGAAGAUUCCCCACCGCUACCCCCUCAGCAGUUGCGGGUGGUGUGUGACAACAUGCUGCAGGGACUCGGAAGAUACCUGCGUUGUUUAGGAGUUGACGUGGUCAUGUUGGAGAACACUGAUGAUCACAGGGUUGCAGCUAAGUUAGCGCAGGCUGAAGGCCGUGUCAUACUUACAUGUGGACAACCAUUCCAAACUUUGCGUUCCCAGGUGGCGGAGGGUCGCUGUCUCUCCCUAGACUGCUCAGAAAAGGCCAGAGACCAGGCGGUUCGAGUUCUCAAACACUUUAACGUCCAGCCCACUCCCAGCGAUAUAUUCAGCCGUUGUCAGAGUGAAGAUGUCUGCAGGGACGAAAAGUUCACAACAGACAAAUGAAGAAAAUUAUACAUGACUUGAUGCAGAGUUGGAUACAGAUAAAAUCUGUGUAAUUCAACAGUUAGUCCAAAAUAUUAAUAUUAUUUCUUGGUCAUUACUAGUUACAUUUAGCUUAUACACAACUUUAAUCAAGAGAAACACAAGAAUGAAAGUUAUUAUUUUAGUGAGAAAUAUCAUGAGUGGAAGAAUUUCUUAAUUUUUUUUAAAGCUUCUGCUUUAGUAAUGUAGUCGAAUUCAAAGGAAAAAAGCUUGUGGUAAAGGUGGUAUGUUUAAGACAGAAAGAAAGUGGAAGCAUUUUUGAACUCUUUACUGGCACGGCUACAAGGAAAUAAAGUGCUGACAGCAUGGGAAGAUGUUGAGCAUUCUUAUGUUCCUUAUGUUGGAGAUGGAAAAGAGACUUGCACUUGUGGUUAAGCUGUGCAAAAAAUCACACAGAGUUUGGCUCACCUCUCACCUCUCACCCCACCCCAACACACACACACACACACACACACACACACACACACACACACACACACACAGGAGUCAACAGGGAGAGGCCUUACCUCACUGUAUUUUGUGGUUUUCUUUAUGACUGAUUUUAUGAUGAAAGAUAUUAACAAGCUGAUUGGUGUAGGGUGUGUGUGGGUGUUGUAGUAGUAGCAGGGAGGCUAAACAAAUGUAUUUAGCAGUAAAUCUAAGGUCAUCUUUAGUAAAAGGAGGAGGAGGGUGAAGUCGAUCCACGUUACGUCACGUUUAUGUUCAAAGUAGCCAUUUUAGAGCAUCCAGGGUAUCUAAUUAUUAUCCCUCCUGAGCCUGACUCCCUCUUUGUGGAGGUAUUCUCAGCAUGUCCAAAUGGGGGCAGACCCUGGGGCAGACCCAGGAGACUCCGAAUGGGAUUGCAUAUCCCAUCUGGUCUGGGAAUUCCUCAGCAGGGGCUGGAAGAUGUUGUGAGGAAGUGGGAUGUCUGUGUUUCAUUGUUUAGCUUGCUGCCACCACAGCCUUGACCAGUGCCACUGCUGGGAGAUGGGGGAAGAUGUAUAAAAGAUGCAAAAACUAAUGGAUAGGGAAAAGGAGAGUCAAACAUGCUGUGGCUCACUAAGAAAAUUCACCAUAACACAAUGGAUGAGAAGUAGCUUUAAGAUGAAGACUUGAUUUAAAAACAUGGAGAAUAGAAAGUAAAGGAAUUUAACUGCAGAAGGAAUAAAGCUGAAUAAUUAUCUGCUUCCUAACAAACCUGUGUGUAUCCAUAAGUAAUACUAAAGUAGCAGCUCAUGUUUAUUAUUCAGAUCCGUAUUUUACCAUGCUUGUGGAAAAUAUGUUAAAA